UUUAUGGGUGGGGUUUGUUCUUUUUCUUUGUUUCAUUAUUGAAAUACAACUAUUCAGGCACAGACUGUACAGUCGGAGUUACUGUCAUAAAGCUGGGUCUUUGUAUUAUUUUCUGUUCAUUUGCUUUUCCCUGAGCACACUGAAUAUGUUUCAGCGUUUCUUGGGAUUUGUUUAUCUCUCUGCAGUUUCACAGCUUGCGAGUCUCACAGGUGCACAAGCUGAAUGUCCUAAUCAGCUCAACCCACAGAGAGCUGUUGUGAGAUACAGAGGUUCUGUAGCAGUUAACUGUAGCACUUCAGUCUCACAUAAAGGGAUUGGAUGGGAAUCCAGUGAAGGAGCAGUGGUCAAAACCAGAGACAGUCUGAUCACAUGGAGAGUGUCACACCUGACAGAAUGGGACAUACGUCCUGUCUGCUACAUAAACCGUGAGGGACAGUGUGUAGUAGAGCUCCCAGUCAUUAUUUACAAGACUCCAGACAAUGUGUCCAUCAGCAUUGUGAAUCACACAGGACCAAUGAUAGCGGGACGGCAGUAUCAGCUCCAGUGUGAUGUUCACGAUGUGGCUCCUGUUCAGUAUCUCACUGUCAAAUGGUAUAAAGGACAGACUCUGCUGGAUCAAACCACCUUCACUGAGGAUAGCAAGACUCCAGUGAAUGUAAACCCCUCAGUCCUGAUCAGUCCAGACAGAGAUAAUGAUGAAGCUCAAUACAAGUGUGAAGCAGAGCUGGAUCUGGGAGCAGAAGGACCACAACCUCCUCCAAAAAAAACAUCAGGACAUCUUAAUGUUGAGUUGCACUAUAAACCAAAACACUCGAAAUCAGCAGAGACCAUCAUUCAAAAGGAUGUGGUCACGCUAAACUGUACAGUGAAGGCAAACCCGGCUCCUGUGUACACAUGGUACUCAGAUCAUCUGAAAGUGGACAUAAGCUCCUCAGUGCUCCAGUCCUCCACACUCAGUCCAGGAAACUACAUGUGCAACGCCACAAACUAUCUGGGAAGUGACAGCAAAGUGUUCAUCAUCGAAUCUUAUUGUUGUGAGAUACGGAGAUACUUAGUUGUUGUGAGAUACGGAGGUUCUGUAGAAGUUAACUGUAACACUUCAAUCCUACAUAAAGGGAUGGGAUGGGAAUCCAGUGAAGGAGCAGUGGUCAAAACCAGUGACAGUCUGAUCACAUGGAGAGUGUCACACCUGACAGAAUGGGACAUACAGUCAUUCUGCUACAUAAACUAUGAGAGACAGUGUAUAGUAGACCUCCUAGUCACUGUUUACAAGACUCCAGACAAUGUGUCCAUCAGCAUUGUGAAUCACACAGGACCAAUGAUAGCGGGACGGCAGUAUCAGCUCCAGUGUGAUGUUCAAAAUGUUGCUCCUGUUCAGUAUCUCACUGUCAAAUGGUAUAAAGGACAGACUCUGCUGAAUCAAACCACCUUCACUGAGGAUAGCAAGACUCCAGUGAAUGAAACCGUCACACUCCUGAUCCGUCCAGACAGAGCUGAUGAUGAAGCUCAAUACAGAUGUGAAGCAGAGCUGGAUCUGGGAGCAGAAGGACCUCAACCUCCUCCAAAGGAAACAUCAGACCCUCUCAACAUUACUGUAUAUUAUAAACCAAAACACUCCAGUUCAACAGAGACCAUCAUUCAAAAGGAUGUGGUCACGCUAAACUGUACAGUGAAGGCAAACCCGGCUCCUGUGUACACAUGGUACUCAGAUCAUCUGAAAGAGGAAAUCAACUCCUCAGUGCUCCAGUCCUCCACACUCAGUCCAGGAAACUACACGUGCAACGCCACAAACUAUCUGGGAAGUGACAGCAAAGUGUUCAUCUUUGAAUCUACAGGUCCAGGAUACUACAUGUGCAUCGCCACAAACUCUAAGUGAAGUGACAGCAAAGUGUUCAUCAUCGAAUCUACAGGUGGGUUAUAGAUGAA